ACCCUUUUUCUGGAUUGUUUUGUGAUUGAGGCAGCCACACUAGAUCCUGUUUGACUCAUAAUAGUUGGAACAGGCAUAUCAGUUGGAGGCUGUGGAUCAGUUGGAACAGGCACAUUUGUUGGAACAAUCAUAUCAGUUGCAGUUGGGGCAGGCAUAUCAGAUGCAGGUGGUAGAGGUGCUCUGUAAAGCAUAUCCCUCUGAGUUUGUAUCAUACUUCCACUAUUGCCGAUCAUUAAGGUUUGAGGACAAGCCCGAUUAUUCAUAUUUAAAGAGACUUUUCAGAGAUCUAUUUAUUCGAGAAGGAUAUCAAUUUGACUAUGUUUUUGACUGGACUGUAUUGAAAUAUCCACAAAUCGGUAGCAGCUCUAGAGGACGGCAUGACAGUGGCAAGGCAGCUAUGCAAGCAGCAGCUACACCUGCACGCAGACCAGAAAAGAUCCCAGUUGGGAGAGAGAUUCGAGAGAAGUUAUCUGGGGCUGUUGAAGGAUUCUCCCAUAGGAACCGUCCAAGUUCUACUCCUCAUCAUCAUCACGGUGAACAUGUCAGACAUAGGACUUAUGACGAGGCAGCAAUGUAUAAGGAGAUGCACUAUGCCCAACACAAUUCAACUCGAUACGGAAGCAAUUCGAGAAGAGCAAUGGUAUCAUCAUCAAACAUGACGAAUUCCUCGGGUGACCAUACUGGCAGGAUGGCCACAAAUGGUGGGGGCCGUCCAUCUGCCGCACAUAGAGUUCAUCAACCUGUUUACGAGUCCAAACAAGCAGCUUUUGCGCGCAACGGAUCUUUGAGAGGUCACCGUGAUGAUCCUCUGAGGAACUUUGAACUCCUCGCCAUCAGGAAGUAAUCUCAAGAGUCUCAUUUUGUUGUCAUUUCUAAAUUUCACCUGAGAUUUCAAGAAGCCUUAUGAAUGAGGUCAUGGAUAAUACUGAAUUACCUCUGAGGUCACAAUGGCAUGACCUCUUGAUAUCAUUUCUGGAUCCCCCGGAUUGCUUCAGAAGAUUUCUCA